UUUUUUUUUAUUCAUAGAGUAAUGUCCACUGUGUUUGAUUUACCAGGUGGCGAAAAUCAGUAUGUGGCCGGCUUUUUUGCAUCACUGGGAGCUCUCAGCUUGGGCGCUUCAAUUGGCUGGUCAGCGCCCGCUCAGUAUUUUAUUUUAAAAAAGGACGCUUGUGGUUUCUCAGUAGAUCUGGAUGAUUAUGGAUGGAUUUGUUCGGUUGUAUGGUUGGGCUGCUUCAUUAUUGUAAUUCCGAGUGGAUGGCUAGCGUCAUUGUGGGGUCGCAAGACUGUAAUGCUGCUAGCGGUGCCUCUUUUUUUAGGAUCCUGGGCAUUAAUUAUCUUUGCACUCAAUCGUUACAUGCUUAUGCUGGGACGCUUUCUGCAAGGAGUUGCCGGUGGCUGCUAUGUGCUUACAGUGCCACUGUACUGCACUGAGAUUGCUCAGCUCGGACAAAAGGAAACCCUCGGAGCCUUCUUUAGCAUUUUCUACGUGUUGGGCAUAUUGUAUGCCUACGUUGUUGGUGCCUUUCACAGCUACAAGUAUCUCAAUUAUGCCUGCGCCAUUCUGCCACUUUUAUUUCUGAUAACCUUCGUGUGGAUGCCGGAAUCACCAGUUUACUACUUAAUGCGACUGAAACCGUUGAAGGCUGAAAAAUCAUUGAGAUGGUUGCGCAAUCAGAACGUGGCCCUCGAACUUAUAGAUUUGCAGACUCAGGUCAAAAAAGCGUCCAUGGAAUUGGCAGCAUCGUGGCAGUCAAUGCGACUAAGGAGUACUCGGAGAGCUCUCUCUAUCUGCAUUGGCCUGAUGUUCUUCAAAAUCUUUAGUGGUGGCACCGCAAUCAUCACUUAUUCCACAGCCCUUUAUCGUCUAUCGAGUACGGAUUUCGGAUUUCAAUCGGAAAUGUCCACAGUCGUUGGAGGCAUCGUUCUUGUGAUGUUCUCCAUUGUGUCCGUGUCCUUAUUGAAGUGCGUCGGGAGGCGUACGCUAUUAAUGUUCUCCGCAUUCCUAGUUGCCCUCUGCAAUAGCCUGAUAGCCAUUUACUUUUAUCUUACGAACCGGAAAAUGUAUUACAUGGACAGCCUCAAUUGGCUGCCAUUUUUCGCUUUGACCAGUUUAAUUGGCUUCUAUGCCCUCGGGCUGGGCACUCUCAUCUAUGUGAUAGUAUUUGAUUUGUUCUUGGUGGGAUUCCAAACCAUUGGGAAGGGUAUUGUUUGGACGUGCCUUGCAUUUUUUGCCUUUCUGAAUGUUAAAUCUGUUCUCAUUAUUGCGAUGAUAUGGGGCCUUAAGGAAACGUUUUGGACUUCAACCGUAUUCGCUAUCUUCACUUGGAUAUUCAUUUAUUUCAUGUUACCAGAGACCAAGGACUUGACACCUGAAGAAAUACAAGAGAAACUGCAGUCCAAAAAGUGGUUUUUAGGACUUCCGAAAACGUAAAAACGAUCUAAUCACUACAAUAUAUUCUGGCUAUUAAUAAUUUGAAAUCUAAGCAACUCCAUCGUUUUUUGCGGAUACACAAAUA